GCCCUACGUCUCCGCAAACCCCACGCUUCGGGGUGGCCGCCUCAGACAGGACCCUGAGUCCGAGACUGGGGUAGGGGACCUGCCCGAUCCUGUAACAACCCUCGUGCUUCUGCGCAAUCGCCUCCCACUAGCGGAAGUGUGCUGGAGAAAUCCUUAGCUGUCAGCCAAGGUGGAGAGCUCUAUGAAGAGUGGCUGGAACUUAGAAACGGUUGCCUCUGCUGUUCAGUGAAGGACAAUGGCCUUAGAGCUAUUGAGAAUUUGAUGCAAAAGAAGGGGAAAUUUGAUUACAUACUGUUAGAGACCACUGGAUUAGCAGAUCCUGGUGCAGUGGCUUCUAUGUUUUGGGAUGAUGCUGAAUUAGGGAGUGAUAUUUACCUUGAUGGUAUCAUAACUAUUGUGGAUUCAAAAUAUGGAUUAAAACAUUUAACAGAAGAGAAACCUGAUGGCCUUAUUAAUGAAGCUACUAGGCAAGUUGCUUUGGCAGAUAUCAUUCUCAUUAAUAAAACAGACUUGGUGCCAGAAGAAGAUGUAAAGAAAUUAAGAACGACAAUUAGAUCCAUAAAUGGACUAGGACAAAUCUUAGAAACACAAAGAUCAAGGCUCAGCAGCUGAUAGACUCAGCAACAGGCAGCCAGGAGCUCUGAGGCUCACAGCUGGCAGUCUAGUUCCACUCAGUCUCUACUUGAGAAAUUCUUUCUUUGGAAGUACAGCAGAGGCCUUAGAACAAUAAACAUGCAGUGAUUGAUUUUUCUUACUUCAAGUGGAUGAGUGAGCAAGUGACUAAAAUCUUCUAGUUGAUCUCUCUAAUGUAUUAGAUCUUCAUGCCUUUGAUAGUCUCUCUGGAAUAAGAGACCGAGAGGUUGAUGUCACUCCCAAUAUCGGAGGAAGUAUACACCCCCGUGUGAGAUGUUCCUUAAUGAUAUUCCACGGCGGAGGGGGUGAUAUGACUACAUA